ACGUGUACUUUCAGUACAAUUACAGUGUACUUACCCAAUAUGGGUUAAGGUUUGGGUUGGGGUUAGGUUUUGGGUUAGUACCUAGUAGUUACUAUAGUUGUUGUAAUUAUAUAGUACGUAAAUGUUGAACAGUACUGUAAAAUAAAGUGCUACCAUGAUGACUGGUACUAGUGUUAGUCCCUGAUACAUGUGGUAUAAUUAUUUAGGUUUAAUAAAAUUAAGCAUAUUUUUUAUUUAUCAGUUUUAACUGUCAUUCUAACUAGAUUCUAAAUAGUUUCAAUGCAUUGUCAAAAAAAAUUAGGUUAUAAAAUAAAUUACAGCUUGUUAAAUACUUUCUCUAUUUUGCAUUCAGUGCAAAAGUCUUUUCAAAAUGAUAUUUUUCAAUAUAGAAAUAUUGUGCUGUAAUAACAGCACACCCAAAUGUUUAAAAUGCAUAUGGUAAAUUAUGCCAGAUAAUUGUACAAAUAUGUGUAUUUUUUAUUAUUUCAUAUUAUUACAUUCAAAAGCCAAACUUGCGCAAUACUGAUACUCAGCAUUUUCAGUUCCUCUCUAGUACUCUACUAUUCCUGCUUUUUGCCCCACGAUCUGUUCAUCUUAAAAGACUUUCCUUUAUACUUUACACUGUAUAACCAUUUUUAUAAUCUUUCAGCUUUACCAACCUGCCAUUUCCACCUUUCUCACUUUUACAAUUUAAGAAACUGAAGAUGUUUCCAAAAAACAGCAGCUUUUAGGAUUUGUCUGUCUUCAGCAAACUGGGGAUUUCAAAUAUAUUUUUGUUAAAUUAAUGCAGUUAUAUUUCCCUUUGCACACAGCCUUCAGUUCCAGUCUGCAGCAUUUGUAUAAUGUACCUUAGUAAUCAUUUUCAAGUACUCUUCUUUUGUUUUAUUUUUCUCUCCCCUUUUCUCCCCACUUUUGGCAUGCCCAAUUCCCAAUGCACUCUAAGUCCUCGUGGUGGCAUAGUGACUCGCCUCAAUUUGGGUGGCGGAGGACGAAUCUCAGUUGCCUCAGCUUCUGAGACAGUCAAUCCACGCAUCUUAUCACGUGGCUUGUUGAGCGCAGUACCGUGGAGACCUAGUGCGUGUGGAGGCUCAUGCUAUUCUCCGCGACAUCCACGUCCCACCGAGAGCGAGAACCACACAUUAUAGCGACCACGAGGAGGUUAACUCAAUGUGACUUUACCCACCCUAUCAACCGGGCCAAUUGGUUGCUUAGGAAACCUGACUGGAGUCACUCAGCACACCCUGGAUUUGAACUUGUGACUCCAGAAAUUAGAGACAGACAAGACAACGUGAGAGACAAGUGCAUCUCGUGCCCACUAUUCUACUUGCAUGUCUCACUUCUCUGAAGCUCAUCAUGAAAAAUACUACGACAACCACGGAACUCUAUGAGGUGAGUUACGCAGAUGGUUACAAUUACAGUUCUUACUAUCCCUACGAUAAAGAUGAUGCUGCCCCCUGCAGUCUGAGGGACACAUGGACCUUUGUCAGCAACUUUGCCCCUCUGGCUUACAUCCUGGUCUUUAUCUUGGCGCUAGUGGGUAACAUUCUGGUGCUGUGUGUGAUCCGCCGCUAUCGGCAAUCUCGACACAAUCUCUGCUCCUUCUCACUCACAGACACCUUCUUGCUCCAUUUGGCCAUCUCUGACCUCUUACUGGCCAUGACACUGCCAUUUUUCGCUGUGCAGUGGAUCAAUGAGUGGAUCUUUGGCUUGUUUGCAUGUAAGAUUGCCGGAGUGCUGUUCUCACUGAAUGUUUACUGCGGUGUGCUGUUCUUGGCCUGCAUCAGCUUUGACCGCUACCUAGCCAUCGUACAUGCCGUCAAUAUCAGCUGGAGACGCAAGAGCUGCCACGCUCAGCUGGCGUGUGCUGUGAUCUGGAUUGUCUGCUUGGGACUGACCGUAGUGGAUAUGCACUACCGUGAUGUGGUGCUGCUGUAUGGCAGGAAUCAGCAGGUGUGCCAAGUCGUGUUUUCUCAAGAGAGUUCCCAGCAAUGGCAGAUCGGCAUGCAGCUGGUGAGCCUGUUUCUUGGAUUUGUAUUUCCAUUAUUAGUCAUGCUCUACUGCUACAUAUGCAUUUUCAAAGCACUUUGCCACACUAGCACGCGUAGACAGAAACGGCGCUCACUGAGGCUCAUCGUCUCUUUGGUGGUUGUGUUCGUGGUCAGUUGGGCACCUUAUAAUGCCCUGAGGAUGACAGACAGCUUGAAGAAACUGGGGGUCAUUGUCAACAGCUGUGGGCUGAACAAUGUGCUGGAUAUGGGCAUUCUGGUGACAGAAAGCAUGGGGCUAGCACACUGUGCUUUAAAUCCACUUCUCUACGGCCUUGUGGGGAUCAAGUUCCGUCGUGAACUUGCCCAGAUGUGCAAGGCUGUGUUAGGACUCCAGGGGUGCCUUGGAUUAGCAGGAUGGGCACAAAGUAGGGGAUCAACCCGCAGGCCUACAGGAUCAUUCAGCUCAGUGGAUAGUGAGAAUACCUCCUCUGUCAUGGCCUGAAAAGAGUGAAAAAGAGAGGAGAAAUGCAUUGAGAAAAGGUAAAGAAAGAGAGAUAUGAACACGGAAGGAAAAAAGCAGGCGAGACACCAGUGACAAGAGACGAACUGACAAUUGCCUUACUCAGGAACUGAAAAGGAACUACUAUUUUAGUUUGUACAGAUGGACUGAAAUAAAAUAAAUCUACAGUUUCCAUGCAAGUUCUCUCUUUUAAAACAAGGGCACAUCUAUUCUGAAAUCCAUUCUAUUUGAGAGCCUUAAUGUUAUAAAAUUAAUGUUCAAAUUCAAAUCUAUUCUUGUUUUUCUUGUAUGCGCACAUUUUAACAAGUGUAUCUUUUUUGUCAAUUACAGUAUGCAUUGUAUUUUUGAAGUGAGAGAUUUUUUUUCCCUCUCUCUAUUUUUGCUUGUCAGAAUUUCAGCCUUCUUGUGGCAGCUGAAACCAUGACAAUGAAUCAUCCCCUGGGCGAUCUGGUUUGUUGUCACAAACAGGAAGUGAAACCAUUCUUCAAAUCUGCAUAAUUUUUUUUUUCUUUCUUAAAAUCCUUAAAGGGACAGUUCACCCAAAAAUGAAAAUUCUCUCAUCAUUUACUCACCCACAUGAUGUGCAUGACUUUUUUCUGCAGAACACAAUCAAAGCUUUUUAGAAGAAUAUCUCAGCUCUGUUGGUCCUCACAAUGCAAGUGAAUUAUGACCAAAACUCAGAAGGACCAAAAAGGAUAUAAAGGCAGCAUAAAAGUUAUCCAUAUUUUAAAUACAUAUCUUCUGAAGCCAUAUGAUAGAUAAGGGUGAGAAACAGAUCAAUAUUUAACUCAUUUUUUACUUUAAAUCUCCACCUCUGACCAGCCCCAACCAGUAGGUGGCUGAAUAUAAAAGUGAAAGUGUAUAUUUAUAGUAAAAAAAAAAAAAAAUGGACUUAAACAGUGGCCUGUUUCUUACCCACAUCUAUGGAUUUAAACAAUGGAGUCUUAUGGAUUACUUUUAUGCUGCCUUUGUGUGAUAUUUGGACCUUCUGAGUUCUGAUCACAAUUCACUUGCAUUGUACGGACCAACAGAGCUGAAAUAUUCUUCUAAAACACUUUGUUUGUGUUCUGCAGAAGAAAGAAAGACAUACACAUCUGGGAUGACAUGAGGGUAAAAGAUGAGAGAAAUUUCAUUUUUGUGUGAACUAUUCCUUUAAAAAGUUUCUCAUUAUUGGUUUUACAUCAGUGCUCUCCUCUUACACUGUAACAUCAAAUGGUGCUUUGAAUUGUUAAUAUUUUUUUAACUGUUGUUUGAUAUUUUGAGUGGAUUGUCAGACACACACAAUAAUAGAGGUGAAAGGAUAUUUUUUCUUAAUGCAGUUUUUUGUAAUGUAGUUUUUGCAAUAAAGUGUACAUUCCUGUAAUUGUAAUAAAGAUUUGAGAGACAUGCAGCUCAUUUCCUUGAAGAUGCCUUUAUUUCUGAGAACUGCAGAUACACAGGCCAAUAUGUGUAAUCGCUGCCUUCAUAUCUAU